AACUAGGAGGAGGAGGGGGGGAACACAAACCUGUCAGCUCUCUUACUCAGCCGCAGCCGCCAGAGCAACCACGCACCUCACCUGCCAAAGCCCCCGACUCACCUGGCCAAGCCUAGGAGCAGUCGCUGGAGCCCGCGUCUCCCUCGGUGUGAGUGCCCUCCCGCGAUUCACGGCUGAGCGUCGGGGUGAGAAGUUGGAGGCUUGACUAGGUGAACUGCGAUGUGCUGGUCCUAGCUGCUGUUUGAGAGGAUGUCUGGGGUGUCUGAGCCCCUGAGCCGAGUAAAGGUGGGAACAUUACGCAGGCCUGAAGGUCCCCCAGAGCCCAUGGUGGUGGUACCUGUAGAUGUGGAAAAGGAAGACGUGCGUAUCCUCAAGGUCUGCUUCUAUAGCAACAGCUUCAAUCCUGGGAAGAACUUCAAACUGGUCAAAUGCACUGUCCAGACGGAGAUCCGGGAGAUCAUCACCUCCAUCCUGCUGAGUGGGAGGAUCGGGCCCAACAUCCAGUUGGCUGAGUGCUAUGGGCUGCGGCUGAAGCACAUGAAGUCUGACGAGAUCCACUGGCUGCACCCACAGAUGACGGUGGGCGAGGUGCAAGACAAGUAUGAAUGUCUACACGUGGAAGCAGAGUGGAGGUAUGACCUUCAAAUCCGCUACUUGCCAGAAGAUUUCAUGGAGAGCUUAAAAGAAGACAGGACCACGCUGCUUUAUUUUUACCAACAGCUCCGCAAUGACUACAUGCAACGCUACGCCAGCAAGGUCAGCGAGGGCAUGGCCCUGCAGCUGGGCUGUCUGGAGCUCAGGCGGUUUUUCAAGGACAUGCCCCACAAUGCACUUGACAAAAAAUCCAACUUCGAGCUCCUCGAAAAGGAAGUGGGUCUGGACCUGUUUUUCCCAAAGCAGAUGCAAGAGAACUUAAAGCCCAAGCAGUUCCGGAAGAUGAUCCAGCAGACGUUCCAGCAGUACGCCUCUCUCAGGGAGGAGGAAUGUGUCAUGAAGUUCUUCAACACCCUUGCAGGCUUUGCCAAUAUCGACCAAGAGACCUAUCGCUGUGAACUCAUUCAAGGAUGGAACAUUACCGUGGACCUGGUCAUUGGCCCUAAAGGCAUCCGCCAGCUGACAACUCAAGAUGCAAAGCCUACCUGUCUGGCCGAGUUCAAGCAGAUCAAGUCCAUCAGGUGCCUCCCGCUCGAAGAGGGUCAGGCAGUGCUGCAGUUGGGCAUUGAGGGUGCCCCCCAGUCCUUGUCCAUCAAAACCUCAUCUCUGGCAGAGGCUGAGAACAUGGCUGACCUCAUAGAUGGUUACUGCCGGCUGCAGGGGGAGCACAAAGACUCGCUCAUCAUCCAUCCUAAGAAAGAUGGUGAGAAGCGGAACAGCCUGCCCCAGAUCCCCAUGCUAAACCUGGAGGCUCGGAGGUCUCACCUCUCAGAAAGCUGCAGCAUAGAGUCAGAUAUCUAUGCAGAGAUCCCUGACGAGACCCUGCGAAGGCCUGGAGGUCCACAGUAUGGUGUCGCUCGUGAAGAUGUGGUUCUGAAUCGUAUUCUUGGAGAAGGCUUUUUUGGGGAAGUCUACGAAGGCAUUUACACAAAUCAUAAAGGGGAGAAAAUCAAUGUAGCCGUCAAGACCUGCAAGAAAGACUGCACUCUUGACAACAAGGAGAAGUUCAUGAGCGAGGCAGUGAUCAUGAAGAAUCUCGACCACCCACACAUCGUGAAGCUGAUCGGCAUCAUUGAAGAGGAGCCCACCUGGAUCAUCAUGGAAUUGUACCCCUAUGGGGAGCUGGGCCACUACCUGGAACGGAACAAGAACUCCCUGAAGGUGCUCACCCUGGUCCUGUACUCACUGCAGAUAUGCAAAGCCAUGGCUUACCUGGAGAGCAUCAACUGUGUGCACAGGGACAUCGCUGUCAGGAACAUCCUGGUGGCCUCUCCUGAGUGUGUGAAGCUGGGAGACUUCGGCCUUUCCCGGUACAUUGAGGAUGAGGAAUAUUACAAAGCCUCCGUGACUCGGCUUCCCAUCAAGUGGAUGUCUCCUGAGUCCAUUAACUUCCGCCGCUUCACAACAGCCAGUGAUGUCUGGAUGUUUGCCGUGUGCAUGUGGGAGAUCCUGAGCUUUGGGAAGCAGCCUUUCUUCUGGCUGGAGAACAAAGAUGUCAUCGGAGUGCUUGAGAAAGGGGACCGGCUGCCUAAGCCCGAUCUCUGUCCACCCAUCCUUUACACUCUCAUGACCCGCUGCUGGGACUACGACCCCAGUGACCGGCCACGCUUCACUGAGCUGGUGUGCAGCCUCAGUGACAUUUAUCAGAUGGAGAAGGACAUUGCUAUAGAGCAAGAGAGGAAUACUCGCUACCGACCCCCCAAAAUCCUGGAGCCCAUUGCCUUUCAAGAACCCCCACCCAAGCCUAGCCGACCCAAGUAUAGACCUCCUCCGCAAACCAACCUUCUAGCUCCGAAGCUGCAAUUCCAGGUCCCUGAGGGUCUGUGUGCCAGCUCUCCUACGCUCACCAGCCCUAUGGAGUAUCCAUCUCCUGUUAACUCGCUGCACACCCCACCUCUCCACCGGCACAAUGUCUUCAAGCGCCACAGCAUGCGGGAGGAGGACUUCAUCCGCCCCAGCAGUCGAGAAGAGGCCCAGCAGCUCUGGGAGGCUGAGAAGAUCAAGAUGCGUCAGAUCCUGGACAAGCAGCAGAAGCAGAUGGCGGAAGACUACCAGUGGCUGCGGCAGGAGGAGAAAUCCUUGGACCCCAUGGUGUACAUGAAUGACAAGUCACCGUUGACUCCAGAGAAGGAGGCUGGCUACAUGGAGUUCACGGGGCCCCCACAGAAGCCACCACGGCUGGGCGCACAGUCCAUCCAGCCCACGGCCAACCUGGACCGGACCGAUGACCUGGUGUACCUCAACGUCAUGGAGUUGGUGCAGGCUGUGCUGGAACUCAAGAACAAGCUCUGCCAGCUGCCCCCUGAGGACUACGUAGUGGUGGUGAAGAAUGUGGGGCUGACUCUGCGGAAGCUCAUUGGGAGUGUGGAUGAUCUCCUGCCCUCUUUGCCAUCAUCUUCAAGGACAGAGAUUGAAGGGACUCAGAAACUGCUCAACAAAGACCUGGCGGAGCUCAUCAACAAGAUGCGACUGGCCCAGCAGAACGCCGUGACCUCCCUGAGCGAGGAGUGCAAGCGGCAGAUGCUCACGGCCUCCCACACCCUGGCUGUGGACGCCAAGAACCUGCUCGAUGCCGUAGACCAGGCCAAGGUUCUGGCCAAUCUAGCCCACCCACCUGCAGAGUGACGGAAGGGGGACCGCCUGCCUGCAUCCUGCACCCCCAUCUGUCGUGUACCCCACCCCUGCCUUGCCUUUGGUCAUGUGGGUCUUCUCAGGGGGAGGCCGAGGGAGCCCUUCUUCCUUUGCCACUUUGCACGACCCCCUGCCCCACCCCCAUCCCAGGCCGUGCUGCUCAGGCUGCAGCUGGACGAAGGGGACUCUAGGCUAUGGACAUAGGGUGGGGGUAACAAAGAUGGCUUCAAGGGGCACCGCCACUACCCGGCCACUCCCUUCCACCCAGCCUGGGUGCUGGGGCCUCACUGGGGGUCACAGGGGUGCCCCUAGCAGCCAAGAUGGCUUUAUGCAUGGACAUGGCAGGCCCAUCUGGAAACCAAGCUACUCCUUCUCCUUCCUCCUGGGCCCUUGGAGGUCCCCAAUACAGAGGGGCUGGGAAGGGGCUUUGUUGUGGGAGUCAGGUGACUGUGAAAUGAGGGAUGGGCCCGGCUUUUUUGUACAGUGUAUAUUGGAAUUUAUUUAAUGUGAGUUAGGUCUGGACUGACAGCCAUGAGCCCUCCUGCGGGAGGACCUGGAGCACUGUCCGGGAAGAGUUCAUGGGAGCCCUGGCACGGGACGCUGCGUUGUCAACAAACCAAGUGUCAGGGGCAGAGGCGGAGAGAGGGAGGCCAAAACAGGACUUAGGACACAGUCUGCUCUCUCCCGGCUCCCUCUUUUCUCAUUCUUCUUUUUCUUGCCCUUCCUUUCUUUCUUUCCUCUUUUCUUACUCCUCCUUUUUGCUCCUUUUUCUCAUCUGCUCCCUUCCUUUCUCAUGUGUUUGUGUAAACACUCUUUUACCCCCUUUCUAUUUGACUCGUGGUUGAAUUAAAAUUGUACCAUUUGCUUUGU